CUUUGCUUUCAAGAAUAUUCUUCAGUUCUCCGUGCCAGCUUACCGUCUGCGCUCAAUGUUUCGGCCAGCUGGGUGUGUGCCAGCAUCAUCAUCCUCGUCGUCGAGCAACGCCCGUUCCUCGUCGAAUGGAUUCGAGGAGACGCUGCCAGUGGGCGAUGCCACCCCAUCGUACUCGUCCCAUGUUGUCGGAUUCCUCGAAGACGGCGCCAUUUGGCUGCCGUACCGCGACUCUUGAUGCCCGCGAGUAACCGAGUCGUGGUGGUUGGAACACGGCAGUUGAUAAAAUUAUGCGGUGGCGUUAAGCUGAAUGGCACGUGCAAGCCCAGCAGCGAGAGUUGUGUAUGUGCUCUCGCAAGGACGUCCACCUGGGUGGUGUAGAAGAAAAGUGAGAAGCAGUGAGUUUCUCGCAAGGAACCAGCACCAGCGGGCAGAAAAAGAGAAGCGAAGAGAAGCGAAGAGAGAGAGAAAAAGGAAGAUAUUCGCAGGCGCAUGGAUCUCAGCAAGCCCAGAGAUAUCUAUAGCGUCGAAAACAAGAUGGCCCGUGAGGGGUGGCGCCAACCCCCCUCCCUCUGCGCAGCAUCAUAUCAUGGCGCUAAUAGAGGGAAAAAGCGACACAAGCCAUUCCCUAGUCGUGCUAACAGCAGGGUUUCCGACCAAGGUAGGACACAACGUGAAAAACAAGCAAACGUACGAAAAACAAAGGGAAAAAACGCUGACCGAGUCAGGUGGACGGAUUGGAACUUGGUCCAUGCGGAACCAGGCAAGUUGGAGAGACGAGACUAAUACGCAGCUGCAUGAUAGUGACGCGAUGCCGAGGACAGAAGAGACGCACAGCUUAUCUCUUUAUUUCGAUGGCGCAGUAGAGCCGAGUGUGGGGGUGAGUAGAAUGUACAUGGGUUUGCAUGGACGAUGGCGGUGAUGCUGCUGUAGAGCUACCGCAGAGGCUACUCCAUGGUACGCGGUGCGCAAACUCCACUACGCUGCAAUGCGCUGCACCGGCCCUUGCACUAACAUCAACUGACCUGCAAGAGGGGAGAUCAGAUCAGCUAAUUCCAUCAGUGCCUCUCUAAGACUCUCAGACUUGAUCCGAGUACAGCGAGCAUUCAUUCAAUUUCCUGCAUAUAGCAUAUAUACAUACAUAGG